UCGGAAAUGUGUUCAAGAUUGACCUCCCCCAUUCCUGUUUCUCCACUGGGAGACGGGCUUUGGAGGCAAAUCACUUGUUUGCAUCCUGAAUAAAAGAGCUCCAUGGACGACGAGAUGACAGCUAUUACGAUUGACUCACUGGAUACUGCCAGCAUCACUAAUUUCCCCUCCUACUCAAAUCCAGGAUAACAUCGAAAGCGCAAGCAUGGCGCUCAACCGUACCUUCACACUCAAUACCGGGGCAAAGAUACCGGCGGUGGGCUUUGGGACAUGGCAAGCUGCUCCGCAUGAGGUUGAGAAAGCAGUCGAGAUCGCUUUGAAGUCCGGAUACCGCCACAUCGACUGCGCAGCCAUCUACCGCAACGAGAACGAAGUAGGCAUGGGCAUAAAGAAGAGUGGUGUCAAGCGCGAUGAAAUCUUCGUUACUGGGAAGCUGUGGAACACGAAGCACAGGCCCGAAGAUGUUGAGAGUGCGUUGGACAAGAGUCUCGCUGAUUUGGGGACUGACUAUGUUGAUCUAUUCCUGAUGCACUGGCCUUGUGCGUUCGCCCCAGGAGACAAGUUUUCCCCCCUCGAUGCCAAUGGAGUAUUUCGAUUGGACGACGUUGAUGUCUCGGUGACCUGGAAGGCAAUGGAAGCGCUACUCAAGACCAAAAAAGUGCGUGCGAUUGGAGUCUCGAAUUUCAACAUCCGCCGGCUCGAGUCGCUAUUGUCAACCUGCUCUGUCAUUCCCGCCGCCAAUCAAGUCGAAAAACACCCAUAUCUUCAACAACCCGAGCUCGCCGAAUUCUGCAAGAAGAAGGGAAUUUUGAUUGAGGCGUAUUCUCCACUUGGGAACAACCAGACCGGUGAGCCAAGGACAGUUGAUGAUGCAAAGGUACACGAAGUAGCAAAACGUCUUGGUAAGGAUCCAGGACAAGUCCUCGUGAGCUGGGGAGUACAAACUGGACAUGUUGUAUUGCCAAAAUCCGUGACGGCAUGAAGGAUUGCCAGUAAUUUUCAAGAUUUUGAAAUCCCGGCGGAAGAGAUGGCCGAGUUGAAUGCACUUGAGCAUCACAAGCGCUUCAACUUCCCCAUGCGAUGGGGAUUCGAUAUCUUUGACGAGGCUGGUGAAGAGGUAGUAAGGGAGGCUGCCAGGGUUGCAGGGGAAGAGAAUAAGACGAAGUUUGUCGUG